GCGCAAGCUCCGCCUUGUCCUGCCACUCUACAACUGCUUACAGCUAGGUUAUGAAAAAACUAGCUUUUGAUUCGCGUUAAUAGCGAGACGCGCAGUUUUACUUGACAAUCGUAGCCACUAAGCACAGAUUCUCUCUUACUAAUAUUUCGCAGAACGUACGCGGUUUUAGCGCUGCCUGUGCACUUGAGUUUUUGGGCUUUGACGAAAGACACCAAUUUAGAACUAAUUAUGACAACAUCAUGGAGUGAUCGACUUCAGGACUAUGCAGACCUCCCAGCAAACAUGGAUGGCCUGGCUAUGAAGAAAUACAGAAGAGAGGCCUACCAUAGAGUGUUUGUGAACCGAAGUUUGGCCAUGGAAAAAAUCAAAUGCUUUGGCUUUGAUAUGGAUUACACUUUAGCAGUAUACAAAUCACCUGAAUACGAAUCACUGGGCUUUGAUCUGACUGUGGAGCGACUGGUCUCUAUUGGCUACCCACAGGAGCUGCUUGGAUUUGUAUAUGACCCCACUUUCCCUACUAGAGGUUUGGUGUUUGACACCAUGUAUGGCAACCUUCUGAAGGUGGAUGCUUACGGAAACAUCCUGGUCUGUGUCCACGGCUUUAACUUUCUGCGUGGACCAGACAUCCGACAGCUCUACUCCAACAAGUUUAUCCAGCGUGAUGACACUGAACGCUUCUACAUCCUUAACACACUCUUUAACCUUCCAGAAACGUACCUCUUAGCCUGCAUGGUUGACUUCUUCUCAAACUGUGACAGAUAUUCCAGCUGUGAGACGGGCUUUAAGGAUGGAGAUCUCUUUAUGUCCUUCAAAAGCAUGUUCCAAGAUGUCCGAGACGCCGUAGAUUGGGUGCACUUUAAGGGAACAUUGAAGGAAAAAACUGUAGAAAACCUGGAGAAGUAUGUUGUGAAAGAUGCAAAGUUGCCGUUGCUGCUGAGCCGCAUGAAUGAAGUUGCUAAAGUGUUCUUGGCCACCAACAGUGACUACAAAUACACCGAUAAAAUUAUGACAUACUUGUUUGACUUCCCCCAUGGACCAAAGCAUGGUACUCCUCACCGUCCGUGGCAGUCAUACUUCGACCUGAUCCUAGUGGAUGCACGGAAGCCUUUGUUCUUUGGAGAGGGCACAGUUCUGAGACAGGUGGAUACGACCACUGGCCGGCUGAAAAUAGGAACAUACACUGGACCUCUGCAACAUGGCAUUGUAUACUCUGGAGGUUCCUCUGACAUUAUGUGUGACCUGCUUGGAGCAAAAGGGAAGGAUAUUGUGUACAUUGGGGAUCAUAUUUUUGGCGAUAUCCUCAAGUCGAAGAAGCGCCAGGGUUGGCGGACAUUCCUGGUGAUUCCCGAAUUGGCUCAGGAGCUACAUGUGUGGACAGAUAAAAGCUCUCUGUUCGAGGAACUUCAGGGCUUGGAUAUUUUCUUGGCAGAGCUAUACAAGCAUCUGGACAGCAGCAGCAAUGAGAGACCAGAUAUCAGUGCCAUCCAGAGAAGAAUGAAGAAAGUGACUCAUGACAUGGACAUGUGCUAUGGGAUGAUGGGCAGUCUGUUCCGCAGUGGCUCUCGGCAGACUCUGUUUGCCUCCCAGGUGAUGCGUUAUGCUGACCUGUAUGCUGCUUCAUUCAUCAACCUGCUCUACUAUCCAUUCAGCUAUCUGUUCAGAGCCGCCCAUGUCCUGAUGCCCCACGAGUCCACAGUGGAGCACACCCAUGUAGAGACCGACACAGAGUCUCCACUGGCCACACGCAACCGCCACUGUGUGGACUGCAAGGACAUUGACUGCAAGAGAAACCAGCUCACACGCUCCAUCAGUGAAAUCAAACCACCCCACAUGUUUGCUCAUCCACCACAGGAGAUCACACACUGCCACGAUGAAGAUGAUGAUGAAGAGGAAGAAGAAGAGUAGACGGUGCUAGAUCACUUCUAGGGUAAAGAUCUGUGAGAGAAUAGUUAUAGGGUGACAAUGAUAUUGCGUGUUGGAGAAAAGGAGAAGUGGGUGUAUGAAGUAGAUCUUGGGUAUCAAUUAGGUGCCAUGCACAAAUAGCUAAUGUGAGUAGUAUUAGAGUUUGAUUCUAAUAGAUGGAUUCCUCCUUUUCUAAAUAUAGGAGAUAUUUUUUUUAUGGAAUUAGGACUCAUUCUGUGUGAGAAGUUCUGUACUAAAUCUGAGCAUAAAUUCAUGACACAGAAUGAAGUCGGUGAUGGCAAACAGUCCUGGUGGUAAAAUUGAGUUUACAUUAGACUCUUAUUAUGCAUCAUGCUGUGGACUAGAUCUUAUUUUAACACAAGCACACAAAGAAUUCAGUCCCUUUUGGGUUGAAUGAAAAUAUGUUUUUGGUAAUAGAGCCAAAACAAACAUUUAGGCAAAUGUUAUAUUUGAACUAUUUUCACAGAUCUUUUUUUUAACAUAACUAUGUAGCCAGUUCAUCCAGCCAGAUUAGUCCAACUACCUCCUGCAAAGACUGUAUCCAGUAAGAAUAUGAAUGAAGCACAGAGAAAUUAAAGCACAUGGUUCAGUGUGAUGUGAGAGGAACUAUAGCCGACUCAAGAAUGAUGUUAUUUUGCAACAGCCGUCGGCCCAUUUCAUAUUUAAAAAAUUGUUUUUACUCUUGUUUUUCACUUUAUAUUGCAGACACAUCAGUACCUGCUAUUGUUUUGGCAAAACAAGUUUGAUGUCUCAUACUGUAUUUUUAAUCAUUUUAAUAUUAGUCGGAAAUAACUAAUCAUUUUUGUUGCAAUCCUUUUGUUCCAUUACACUUAUGCUGUAGAACAGUACUUCUGUCUGACAGGAGAAAACUAUUGAGACAUCUUAAAUGACCUUGACAUACAAAUAAUAUAUUAGAAAAGCAUAAUGACAGAAAUUGACAAUUUAAAAUGAACUGCAGUGAUGUUAACACCUGGGCAUUCAGAAACUGAUCAGUUGGUUGAAAAAGAGCACAGCUGCUUUGGUGUGUUUUCUGUGGCGAUAAGUGUAAUCCUGGCUAAUGUUUGAACUCUGUUGAUGGUUAACCCCAUGAGGACCAAUCUGGUGCAGAUAAAAUGUGUUCUGUGCUUAAAAGGUCCCUUAGACCUUUGUGGAUGUUUUGCAGGUGUCCACAUAACUAGUACGUGGAAGAAAGUACGUUUUGUCCUUAAAGUAAUACGUAUGUUCAUGGUUUAAAGAGGAAGAGGUUUGAGCUCUGAAAAGUGCAUGAAACCGCUAGAUAAGGAAUAAUAAAUACUAUAAUUUAAUGACGCUACACGAUUCACAGUGCUUAAUGUAGUGUAAAUAAAAGCAUAUUAUUAUUAUUGUUUUUACUUUAUAAAACUGAGAAGAAGACCCAUGUAUGUAUGUGUUUAGAAGGAACCUUGGGUAAAGAGAGAUGUAUGGCUUAAUAUAUUAACAAUGACAUUGACUUUAUAAAUGUAAAAUUAAAAACAGUGUCACAGCAUUCAUACACUUUGAAAAAAUAUUUUACAUAAAGGGCUGCUAUAGUUUUCAGAGACGUCAAAUGGUUGCAACAUAAACCCGUUAUCCUAACGCUACAGCAGAGCACACAAGUUUUCUGUAUAUAACAGUAAAAAAUGAGACGUCAAACAUUAGAUCAGGUAUAUCAAUACAAAGGGAUAGUAGGUGGUGGUAUGUUCCCUUGACACAAGCCAGCCUGCUUGACAUUAAAGAAGAAUGUGUUCAGUAAGCAUCUGUUCAAUGUAAACAUGUUUUAAAUCAUAGCUUUAAACUACCGCCGUUAAGACUGUUUAAGACAUCGUCAUCCACCAUUAUAAUAUACUUUAUACAUUAUGAAAAUAUACUGAUAAACACAAUAAUAAGAAGCUUGCGGUUUGGUUAUUUAUAUUCUGUAUUAGAGUUUACGUGAAUAUUAACCCCCGCCACCUAAUGACCGAGAGAGAGAAGACAAUAGGUCAAGUCAAAAUCUGGAUAAAUGCAUUUUAUAAUGGCUAAAAACAUUGUGUAUUUCUUAAAUUCCCAAUGGUUUUGGUUAUUAAUAUGUAUGUUUGUAUUGUUUCUGACCAACAAUUUUAAAAUGUAUGAAAAUACACCAAAUUAUUUUUAAAAUCAUAGUUUUUUUUUUAUUUAUAUUUGUAUCCUACCUUAUAUUUACUGAAUAACUGACCGUGUAUGUGUUCAGUUUGGCUGCCUGUGAGUGCAAUCAUUUUACAUCAUCAAAAAAGAACACGGCGACCUCCUUAUGUUAAAAUGAGUAUUACAUUAUUUUUUUAAGAAAUUUAAAUCUUUUAUAUGUUUCUAAUGACAAAUGCUAGUAGUGUAAGGCUAUUACAACAUAUUUAGCCAUACAUCUCUCUAUACCCUGGGUUCCCUUUAAACGUUUGGUUUGUUUGUGGUGAGGGACGUUUUUUUUAGCUUUCAUAGAUCUGUUUUCAUGGGACCAGUUAAAAAUAGACCUACUUUUAAACUUACAAUGCAUAUUUUGUAUGUUUAACUUUGUGUAUGGCUUAAAAUAAAUGGAAAAUCCUGUGACGGCAGCUCUUUCAAAUGAUGCUUGUUCUUUGUCCCAGUCUCACACAUAGUACAGUAGUAUCUCCCUUUCCUUAUGCAUUAGGUUACCUAGACUCAGCAUUGUUUAUAUAUGAAGUUUGGAGUUUUUUCCAAAAUGAGAUAACUCCGUAAAAAAAAUCAAAAAUCAUGUUUUUUAUUGUGCAUUCCAAUGAUUAUAUAUAUGUAUAUCUCAAGGGGUGAGAACCAGAGUGUAGUAAGUGACAUUUCAUCAACUUUACAAGAGGGCCAGAACAAAAAAAAACAUAGUUUGAUCUGACUUUAUUUUAAAGAAUAAAAUCAAAAUACAAAGAUGUUACACACAUGGAUGACAGUGUACCUAUUGAACAGUAUUUAAACAUUUAUUUAGAAGAAAAACAAAAUAAUUUUCUUAAAUAAAAAAUUUCAUGGGACCAUUUUGGCACCAACGUUUCAGCCUUUUUCAAUGAUCUUCUGCUCACAGGCUUUUCUAAACAAUUCGGUUGUUAAAGGGGUCAUUUGACUCCGCUAAAACCAAUAAUAUUGUUUGCUUUAGAUGUAUUAUGUAUGUACCUUAUUAUGUUCUAUGAUAGGUCUUUUGGCUUCUGCUGAAAAACUCAAAUUGAUAAAGAUUUCUCUUGUGUCAUUUUGGCAGUAUAAAGAGCUCAUCUAGGGCUUUCAUUUGGUAUAUACCCAUUUCAACCCAAAUGUCACUUACGCCCCUCUGGUUCUCACCCCUCGAUAUAUAUAUGUGUGGUGUCUGGAGGCGUGCGUGUGUUUUUCCCUGGACAUGGUAUAAAACGGAGCUAAUGUCAGCAAUUGUUCUGUUAAAUCUGGAUGUCUGUCCAAGGAAUAAAGACAUUGAGUUUGAACAGUAUUUGACGAUGUGUCUCAAGAGAUUCAAUAUGGAGUACGCCCUACAGUUAUUCAUCAUAUGUAGCAUUGCCUGUGAAAAACUGUUUUUAAAUAUCUGUUUCAGCCAGUUUUUUUGUUAUAUUUUGGCAUUGUUUUGAUUUUAUUUGUUAAAUUUACCAUUAGUAUACUAAUACCUUAGCUGUUCAUUAUUACUUUCUACCUUUUGCUAAUUUCUGAAAUAUUUUAUGAUGAUGAUUUUUCUACUCGAGGGUAGACAAACAAUAUUCUAUUUGACUUUCAUUAGCUAUUUUGAAUAGAAAUAAAUUUCAUUUAGAGAAGCAAUGGAAAAGGUCCACAGCAGUGUUGCCUUCACAGAGAUUAACAGCAAAGAACCCAUGGGAUUAUUAAUCCCCUUUUUGUAUGUUUUUGAUUUUGUUUAUUUAAUGAGUUCAAAUUCAGUUUUACACUGAAAUUAUAACCGUUUUUGAUUUAUAUAGAGUUAUACACCAAUACAUGGGGGCAAUUACAUGUCCAUGUAAAAUAAAGAGAAUUUUCCAUAAUAAAUUCA